AUGGCUGCUGAAGCUCCCAAAGAUCUCCCCGUUCGCCCUGCGGCGGGGGCUCAAGAUUCGCUGCCCGAUUUUAUUAUCGAACGAAACAAGCUAUUUGAGGAACUGUGGCAACAGUAUCUCGAAGAGGUGAAAAACAAGCCUCAUCCCGAGAUCAAUGUCACUCUCGAUCUCGGCAACGGAAACACGUCUGUUGUCCCCGCCAAAGCUUGGGAGACCACUCCUGGCCAACUUCUCAAGAAUGUUCCCAAGGAGGUGAGCGCCUCCGUGGUCAUCGCCAAGGUCGACGGCGAGCUCUUCGACCUGAACCGUCCCCUGGAGCGCGAGUGUACCGUCGCAUACGUCCCGUUCGAACACCCCGAAGGAAGAGAAGUCUUCUGGCAUUCCAGCGCUCACUGUCUGGGCGAGGCUUGCGAAUGCCAAUAUGGAUGUCUGCUUUCUCACGGUCCCCCCACCCCUCAGGGUUUCUUCUACGACAUGGCCAUGCCCGAUAACCGCGUCGUUCGUGAAUCCGAUUGGUCUUCCCUGGACAGCAAGGCCUCUCGUAUCUUCAAGGAAAAGCAGAGCUUCGAUCGCCUCGAGGUCUCGAAGGAGAACCUCAAGAAGAUGUUCGCCUACAGCAAAUAUAAGCUUCAUUAUAUCGAUAAGCUGGUGACGGGUGAGAAGAGCACGGUUUACCGCUGUGGUACCCUGGUCGAUCUCUGUCGGGGACCUCACAUCCAGAACACUGGUAAAAUCAAGACCUUCAAGAUCAUGCAGAACUCCUCCGCAUACUUCCUUGGUGAUCAGACCAACGACUCUUUGCAGCGUAUCCGUGGUGUCGCUUUCCCCGACAAGAAGCAGAUGCAGGAACACCUGAAGUUCUUGGAGGAGGCGGAGAAGCGCAACCACCUCCGGAUCGGAAAGGAUCAGGAGCUUUUCUUCUUCGACGAUGUUUCCCCCGGAUGUGCUUUCCUGCUUCCUAACGGUACCAAGAUCUUCAACGCUCUGCAGACGCUGUUACGGUCGGAAUAUCGUAAGCGGGGUUACCAGGAGGUCCAGACCCCGAAUAUGUACGACGUCGGGAUCUGGAAGACCUCAGGUCACUGGGCUCACUACAAGGACGACAUGUUCAAGCUUGAUGUUGAGAAGCGGGAAUGGGCACUGAAGCCUAUGAACUGCCCUGGUCACUUCGUGCUUUUCGGCCACCGUGAGCGCAGCUACAGAGAACUCCCGCUGAGAAUUGCGGACUUUGGCGUGCUCCACAGAAACGAGGCAUCCGGUGCUCUGAGCGGUCUCACUCGUGUCCGCAAGUUCCAGCAGGAUGAUACUCACAUUUUCUGUACCCAGGACCAGAUCAUGUCUGAAAUCGAGGGUCUUUUCGAUUUCCUGCAGUCCAUCUACGGACUGUUUGGUUUCACUUUCAAGCUGAAGCUGUCCACGCGCCCAGAGAAGUACCUCGGAGAGCUGGAGACCUGGAACUACGCCGAGGAGCAGCUGAAGGCCGCCAUGACAAAGUUCAAGGGUGAUGACUGGACCAUCGAUGAGGGUGAUGGAGCUUUCUACGGCCCCAAGAUUGAUAUCACCAUUGCCGAUGCUCUCAAGAGAGAGUUCCAGUGUGCCACCAUUCAGCUUGAUUACCAGGCUCCCCUCAACUUCAAGCUCGAGUACAUGACCCACGAGCGGGCCGACGUGAAGGAUGGCGAGACCGCCAAGCCGGGUGAGCCAGGUCCUGGCCGUGCUCGUCCUGUUGUUAUUCACAGAGCUAUCAUUGGUAGCUUCGAGCGAUUCCUGGGUAUUCUGAUCGAGCACUUUGGCGGAAAGUGGCCCUUCUGGAUCAGUCCUCGCCAGAUCCUGAUUGUACCUGUCAUGCCUGCUGUGAACGACUAUGUUGAGGAGCUUCAGACCAUCCUUCGGGGCGACAAGCUGAAUGUGGAUAUUGACAUCAGCGGAAACACCAUGCAGAAGAAGAUCCGUAAUGGACAGCUGGCGCAGUACAACUUCAUCUUUGUUGUCGGUGCUUCUGAGAAGGAGUCCCGCUCGGUCAACAUUCGCAACCGUGAUGACCCGGCCACCCAGAAACAGGGCGUCAUGAUUCCCCUUGAGGAGGCCCGCGAGAAGCUUCGCGUGCUGCGCAAGGAACGCCGCCUGGCCAACACUCUCUAG